GGGUCUUAAAAAAAUGAUUUAGGAGUGAAGAAGGAACAAUGCCCACUAUCACAAACCUCCGCUUACUCUUCCCUUCUUCCUACUCUUUUCCUUUUAUAUCUCCUCUUAAGCUUAAACCCUCUUUCACUUUCUCCUUACUUCCUAAACCCAAAGCCAAAACCAACGCAUCCUCCUCCUUCACUGUUCUUGCCUUAUCUUCUUCUUCUUCAUCCUCCUCUCAAAGACGACCCCGUUUCAAUCCGCACCCUCCUCGUGGCCCUGGCCGAAGAAACAUUAGCACUUUCAGAGAGAGGAAAAACCGGGAAAGAGGAGGAGGAGCGCCGAUGGAAGGGAAUAACGAGUCUUCUGGGUUCAACAAGAGAAGGGCUGAGGGACGGGACAAGGACGAUAGGCCUAAGAAGACUCUGCACUUGAAAACGCGCAAGCUCAAUCCUUCAAACACCAUUUGUUAUUUGCAGAUACUGGGGACUGGAAUGGACACCCAAGAUACAUCACCUUCAGUGUUGCUUUUCUUUGACAGGCAGAGAUUUAUCUUUAAUGCAGGAGAGGGUUUACAACGGUUUUGCACAGAGCAAAAGAUCAAGUUGUCAAAGAUAGAUCACAUAUUUCUCUCUCGUGUAUGCUCCGAGACUGCAGGUGGUCUUCCAGGUUUGCUUUUGACUUUGGCUGGCGUUGGUGAAGGAUUGUCUGUUUGUGUAUGGGGCCCAUCAGAUCUGAAGUACUUAGUUGAUGCAAUGAGGUCUUUCAUCCCAAAUGCUGCUAUGGUUAAUACAAAGAGCUUUGGACCCUCACUUGGCUCUGAUGUAACCGCUAUGCCUGAGCAACGCAGCUUCACAAAACCCAUUGUUCUUAUUGACGACGAGGUUGUCAAAAUAUCAGCUAUUGUUUUACAACCAACGUUUCCAGAAGGAAAGCCUGGUGAUAUGUCUGUAGUAUAUGUUUGUGAAUUGCCUGAAAUCAAGGGGAGAUUUGACAAAGAAAAAGCCCUGGCUUUGGGUGUUCGACCUGGGCGAAAGUAUAGUCAACUUGUUGAAGGACAAUCAGUAAAGUCGGAUCGCCAAGAUAUCAUGGUUCAUCCAAGUGAUGUAAUGGACCCCUCUCUUCCUGGUCCCAUUGUAAUCCUUGUAGACUGCCCCAAGGAAUCUCAUUUGCAACAGUUGUUGUCCACAGAAUAUCUCAAUAAUUAUUUUGCAGACUUCUCAGGUUCACCUGACAGUUCUAAGGUGGUGAGUUGUAUUAUUCAUUUGACUCCCACAUCUGUAGUUAGCAGGCCGAACUACCAGAAUUGGAUGAAGAGAUUCGGUUCCGCACAGCAUAUAAUGGCUGGACAUGAAAGGAAAAAUAUGAAAAUUCCAAUUCUCAAAUCAAGUGCAAGAAUUACAGCAAGGCUUAAUUAUUUAUGUCCCCAGUUCUUUCCAGCUCCAGAUUUCUGUUCUCUUCAGCACCUUGCUUGCUCAGCAUCAAAUUCCAUUGUUUUAAGUGAGGAUUCUGAUCAAAACCUUUGUGAAAGCAUUGCUGCUCAAAAUCUUCAGAAGUUUGUUUUGCGUCCUCAUAGUAAGCACGGAUUGGAUAAAUCUUGUGUACCAAGUUUGUUGGUGCCCACAGAAAUCAUUGAUGAAUUACAUUCUGAGAUUCCAGAUAUUGUAGCUGCCGCCCAAAAUGUUAGUAAGUUGUGGCAUGCAUCCACUGGAUCAACAGGAGAAAUAAGUUCUGCUCAAGAUGUUAAGUUUAUGGUUGAAGAGCCAUGGUUAGAUGAGAAUACACUUCCUAGUUGUCUGGAAAAUAUAAGGAGAGAUGACUUGGAGAUUGUCUUUCUUGGGACUGGAUCAUCUCAGCCAUCGAAAUAUCGGAAUGUCAGCUCUAUCCAUAUCAAUCUUUUCUCAAAGGGGGGUUUGCUUUUAGAUUGUGGUGAAGGAACCUUAGGACAGCUUAAACGAAGAUACGGUGUCGAUGGUGCUGAUGAUGCAGUGAGAGGUCUAAGGUGUAUUUGGAUUUCCCAUAUUCAUGCUGAUCACCACACAGGCUUGGCAAGAAUACUUGCCCUUAGACGUGAAUUGUUGAAAGAAGAGCCUCACGAGCCAAUACUUGUUGUUGGACCGAGACAGCUUAAGAGAUAUUUAGAUGCAUAUCAAAGACUAGAAGAUUUGGACAUGAUGUUUCUUGACUGUCAACACACCACUGAAGAUUCACUGGAUGCUUGCAGGAGCAUUUUUGAGUCAAGUAACGACCACAUUUCUAUAGGAGAUCCAAUUAAUUCCAAUGACAUUAGAAAGAAACCAACUAAUGGGCAAAUGUCCCAGAAAAUCGAUUCUACUUUGUUUGCUAGAGGCUCUCGCAUGCAGAGCUACUGGCAGAGACCUGCUAGUCCAGUUGACAAUGUCACGGAAAUAAAGAGCUUAAAGAAAAUGCUCAGUGAUGCAGGUUUGGAGGCCUUGAUUAGUUUUCCUGUUGUUCAUUGCCCACAGGCAUUCGGUGUUGUGCUUAAGGCAGCUGAGAGAACUAAUAGUGUCGGUAAAGCUAUUCCAGGAUGGAAGAUUGUGUAUUCCGGCGACACUAGGCCCUGUGAAGAGUUGAUAGUAGCAUCCCGUGGCGCAACUAUUCUUAUACACGAGGCAACAUUUGAGGAUGGAAUGUUUGAGGAGGCCGUAGCAAAAAACCACAGCACGACAGAGGAAGCCAUAGGAGUGGGGAACUCUGCUGAGGCGUAUAGAAUAAUUCUCACCCAUUUCAGCCAAAGAUAUCCAAAAAUCCCAGUAUUUGAUGAGACACACAUGCACAACACGUGCAUCGCAUUUGACAUGAUGAGCGUCAACGUAGCAGAUUUGCCUGUGCUCCCAAGAGUACUUCCAUAUCUGAAGAUGUUGUUUAGAAACGAGAUGGCUCUGGAGGAGUCGGAUGAUGUUCUUAUGGUCUAGUGAAUUCAAUUUCUUCUUCAUCUCAUUGUAGUUUAUUUAUUUACUAUUUUUUUCUCCGGAUGGAAUAGGUUAAGAAAAAAAAAGUAGUUAUUUUGAAGUAUCUUUGUAAUAUUCUUUGAGGGGAUUCACUGCAUGUAUAGUCAGUCCCCUAAGCAAUGGAAUUUAUUGGAAAUCAUCAGCACCGUCAUCCUUGGCUUUCUUUUUUUUUUCCUAGUAUCCUUCUCAAAUCGGAAGGCUAAGAGUAUCUUACUGUGAAACCUAUAAUUAUUAUAGUGAAUUAAUUUAUAAAAAGUUGAGUGAAUAAUCAUAGUUUCUUCAA